UACCUGCGUGAUGGGUCGUUCUUCGAAAGACAAGAGAGAUGUGUAUUACAGACUGGCCAAGGAAGAAGGAUGGCGAGCAAGAAGUGCUUUUAAAUUGCUGCAGAUUAAUGAUGAAUUUCACCUCUUUGAGGGCGUCAAGAAAGUUGUGGAUCUGUGUGCUGCUCCUGGAAGCUGGAGUCAAGUUCUAUCGAAGAAAUUAAGAGGAGAUAAGGGAGAUGUAUCAGAUGCUAAGAUCAUUGCUGUCGACCUCCAAGCCAUGGCCCCUAUUCCUGGUGUUGUACAACUACAAGGAGAUAUUACAAAGGUGUCAACUGCACAAGAAAUCAUCAGCCAUUUUUCUGGCGAUCAGGCAGACCUGGUCGUGUGUGAUGGUGCUCCUGAUGUGACAGGCCUCCAUGAUAUAGAUGAAUAUAUUCAGGCUCAGCUGCUGUUGGCUGCUUUGAACAUAACAACUCACGUAUUGAAGAAAGGAGGGACUUUUGUGGCAAAGAUUUUCCGAGGCAAAGAUGUCACCCUCUUAUAUUCCCAGCUCAAAAUUUUCUUUCCUAUGGUGACAGUUUCAAAACCAAGGAGCAGCAGAGAUUCAAGCAUUGAGGCAUUUGUUGUGUGCCAGAAUUAUUGUCCACCAGAGGGCUACGUACCUAAUAUGUCCAAUCCUCUUCUUGACAACCACUAUGAUGUUGAUUUCAACAGUCUAGAAGGAGUAAACCGUGUUAUCGUACCUUUCCUGGCCUGUGGAGACCUCAGUGCAUACGAUUCAGACAAAACCUAUCCACUUGAGUUGACCCCAGGGAAGGAGUACCAGUACCACCCUCCCACCCAGUCACCCAUCCACCCCCCAUACCAGACUGCCUGUGAGCUGAAGAAGAAGGACAUGCUGUCGAAACCCUCCUCUGCUGCCACUCCCACAGGGAAAGAGUCUGCAGCUUCUGCUGGAGGAAGUACAGAAACAGCUGACACAGGGAACGAGUCUUCAACCCAUUCUGGAGGUGGCACAGAAACAGCUGAUAUUUGUGAGAACCCAUUAGUCACAGGGAACAAGGCUGAAAUGGUUCCUGAACCCACAGGGACUGAUACUGUCUUGGAAACCACAGGGAGAAGUGCCUCUGAAUCCACAGGGACCAGGACCAAACUCACAGAAACAAAUUCAGUGUUAUCAAAGGGGAGUGAUAGUGCAUCAACAAUGGAGAAAGACUUCAAUUUUCCUCCAAAAACUAAACCUGACAGAUCAGAACUGACUAAUACAAAUGUUAAUACUGCCACAGGUUCUGAUACUGAAUUUUAUUUACCUGGUUUCAAAAAGGACAGUUUUUAUGUAGAAAGGGGUAAUAAUUCACAUUUAGAAGAAAUCAGUGGUUCUAUAGGAGAGCCUGAUAUAGAUACUGAAUGCAGUGGGGAUGCUAUGAAUGAACAGUUGAAAGAUUUGAAGUUAGAAUGAAUUAUUUAUAUUUUUAUAGUGUUAUAUUUACAUUUCAAUUUUAAAAACACGAAUUAAAGUUUCUGAGAUUGUAUCCUGCUAUCUGCCCAUUAGGAAUGAAAUUUUUAGACUUUUGUUUUUCGAUCUAAGAAACGAUGCAGGUUAAUAGUAUGUCAUCAUAUGAAUUUGAAGGAAACAGUUAAUUGUUACAUCGGUACAAGAACAUGUUUUAAUUUGUUAUAACAAUAUGUUCUCUGUAUCUACUGUACUUAAAUCACAAUCACAGUUUGAAAAUAGUUUUACACAAAAAUUUGUAGUCAAAUAAUAUUAUAAUCAAAGUAUUAAAUCAAUUACUUUGUGGGACUUUAUGGUGAUUGGGUUAGAAUAUUCUCUUUCAGUGCUGCAUAUUGUAACAAAAUGAGCUACAGAUCUAUCAAUGUUUGUAAAAUAUAUUUGAUUAUUCAAUUCGA